GCGGGGGCUGGGCCGGGGCCUCUGGCGCGGCAGCCGCAUGAGGACGCGAGGCCGGUAGACCAGGUGGAGUCUGCAAGGGGGGAGCCUCGGGGGGGCGCAGGGCCGCUGCUCCCGCGAAGAAGUCGACAUGGCGAGCGACUCCCCGGCUCGCAGCCUGGAUGAGAUCGAUCUCUCGGCGCUGAGGGACCCUGCAGGGAUCUUUGAAUUGGUGGAACUUGUUGGAAAUGGAACAUAUGGACAAGUUUAUAAGGGUCGUCAUGUUAAAACGGGCCAGCUUGCAGCCAUUAAGGUCAUGGAUGUCACAGGGGAUGAAGAGGAAGAAAUCAAACAAGAAAUUAACAUGUUGAAGAAAUAUUCUCAUCACCGAAAUAUUGCUACAUACUAUGGUGCUUUUAUCAAAAAGAACCCACCAGGCAUGGAUGACCAACUUUGGUUGGUGAUGGAGUUUUGUGGCGCUGGCUCUGUCACUGACCUGAUCAAGAACACAAAAGGUAACACGUUGAAGGAGGAGUGGAUUGCAUACAUCUGCAGGGAGAUCUUACGAGGGCUGAGUCAUCUGCAUCAGCAUAAAGUGAUUCAUCGAGAUAUUAAAGGGCAGAAUGUCUUGCUGACUGAGAACGCAGAAGUUAAACUGGUGGACUUUGGCGUCAGUGCCCAGCUGGAUCGAACAGUGGGCAGGAGAAAUACCUUCAUCGGGACCCCUUACUGGAUGGCUCCAGAAGUCAUUGCCUGUGACGAAAACCCAGAUGCCACAUACGAUUUCAAGAGUGACCUGUGGUCUCUGGGAAUCACCGCGAUCGAGAUGGCAGAGGGCGCUCCCCCUCUCUGUGACAUGCACCCCAUGAGGGCCCUCUUCCUCAUCCCCCGGAACCCAGCACCUCGCCUGAAGUCCAAGAAGUGGUCGAAAAAAUUCCAGUCAUUUAUUGAGAGCUGCUUGGUAAAGAAUCACAGCCAGCGACCAGCAACAGAACAAUUGAUGAAGCAUCCAUUUAUACGAGACCAACCUAAUGAACGACAGGUUCGCAUUCAACUCAAGGACCAUAUUGACAGAACAAAGAAGAAACGAGGAGAGAAAGAUGAGACCGAGUAUGAGUACAGCGGAAGUGAGGAAGAAGAGGAGGAGAAUGACUCAGGAGAGCCCAGCUCCAUUCUGAACCUGCCCGGGGAGUCCACGCUGCGCCGCGACUUCCUGCGGCUGCAACUGGCCAACAAGGAGCGCUCGGAGGCGCUGCGGCGGCAGCAGCUGGAGCAGCAGCAGCGCGAGAACGAGGAGCACAAGCGGCAGCUGCUGGCCGAGCGCCAGAAGCGCAUCGAGGAGCAGAAGGAGCAGCGGCGGCGGCUGGAGGAGCAACAGCGGCGGGAGAAGGAGCUGCGGAAGCAGCAGGAGCGGGAGCAGCGCCGCCACUACGAGGAGCAGAUGCGGCGGGAGGAGGAGAGGAGGCGCGCCGAGCACGAGCAGGAGUACAUCAGGCGACAGUUAGAGGAGGAGCAGAGACAGUUAGAGAUCUUGCAGCAGCAGCUACUGCAUGAACAAGCUCUACUUCUGGAAUAUAAACGCAAACAAUUGGAAGAACAGAGACAAGCAGAAAGACUGCAGAGACAGCUGAAGCAAGAGAGAGACUACUUGGUUUCCCUCCAGCAUCAGCGGCAGGAGCAGAGGCCUGUGGAGAAGAAGCCACUGUACCAUUACAAGGAAGGGAUGAGUCCUAGCGAGAAGCCAGCAUGGGCCAAGGAGGUGGAAGAGCGCUCGCGGCUGAACCGGCAGAGCUCGCCCGCCUUGCCGCACAAGGUCGCCAACAGGAUAUCCGACCCCGCGCUGCCCCCGCGGUCCGAGUCCUUCAGCAUCAGCGGGGUGCAGCCCGCCCGGACGCCGCCCAUGCUCAGGCCGGUGGACCCCCAGAUUCCACAUCUGGUAGCUGUGAAGUCCCAGGGACCUGCCUUGACCGCCUCCCAGUCUGUGCACGAGCAGCCCACCAAGGGCCUGUCUGGGUUUCAGGAGGCCCUGAACGUGACCUCUCACCGCGUGGAGAUGCCGCGCCAGAACUCGGACCCCACCUCUGAAAACCCUCCUCUCCCCACUCGCAUUGAGAAGUUUGACCGAAGCUCUUGGUUACGACAGGAAGAAGACAUUCCACCAAAGGUGCCUCAAAGAACAACUUCCAUAUCCCCAGCAUUAGCCAGAAAGAAUUCUCCUGGAAAUGGUAGUGCUCUGGGACCCAGACUAGGAUCUCAACCCAUCAGAGCAAGCAACCCUGACCUCCGGAGAACGGAGCCCGUCUUGGAGAGCCCCUUGCAGAGGACCAGCAGCGGCAGUUCCUCUAGCUCCAGCACUCCCAGCUCCCAGCCCAGCUCCCAAGGGGGCUCCCAGCCUGGAUCGCAAGCGGGGUCCAGCGAACGGACCAGAGUUCGAGCUAACAGUAAGUCGGAAGGAUCACCUGUGCUCCCCCACGAGCCUUCCAAGGUGAAGCCAGAAGAAUCCAGGGAUAUUACCCGACCUAGUCGACCAGCUAGCUAUAAGAAAGCGAUAGAUGAGGAUCUGACGGCAUUAGCCAAAGAAUUAAGAGAACUCCGGAUUGAAGAAACAAACCGCCCGCUGAAGAAGGUGACUGAUUACUCCUCCUCUAGUGAGGAGUCAGAAAGCAGUGAUGAGGAGGAGGAGGAUGGCGAGAGCGAGACCCACGAUGGGACCGUGGCUGUCAGUGACAUACCCAGACUCAUACCAACGGGAGCCCCCGGGAGCACAGAGCAGUACAAUGUGGGAAUGGUCGGCACGCAUGGGCUGGAGACCUCUCACGCGGACACUUUCAGCAGCAGUAUUUCAAGAGAAGGAACCUUGAUGAUAAGAGAGACAUCUGGAGAGAAGAAGCGAUCUGGCCACAGUGACAGCAAUGGCUUCGCCGGCCACAUCAAUCUUCCAGACCUGGUGCAGCAGAGCCAUUCCCCAGCGGGGACACCAACCGAGGGCCUGGGGCGCGUCUCCACCCAUUCCCAGGAGAUGGAAUCCGGGACUGAAUACGGUAUGGGGAGCAGCACGAAGGCCUCCUUCACCCCCUUUGUGGACCCCAGAGUAUAUCAGACAUCUCCCACUGAUGAAGAUGAAGAAGAUGAAGAAUCAUCAGCUGCGGGAACCCAGAGGUAUCCAGGGGCCCUGGGAAAAGCUGUUCCUAAGAGACCUACAAACUUACCGCAUACUUCUCAAAAGCAAUUUCUGGCUCUAUUUACUAGCGAACUUCUUAGGCAAGAACAGGCCAAACUCAAUGAAGCAAGAAAGAUUUCAGUGGUGAACGUAAAUCCAACCAACAUUCGACCUCAUAGCGACACACCGGAAAUCAGAAAAUAUAAGAAACGAUUCAACUCAGAAAUACUUUGUGCAGCUCUCUGGGGUGUAAACCUCCUGGUGGGAACAGAAAAUGGCCUGAUGCUUUUGGACCGGAGUGGGCAAGGCAAAGUCUAUAAUCUGAUCAACCGGAGGCGAUUUCAGCAGAUGGACGUGCUAGAGGGACUGAAUGUCCUGGUGACAAUAUCAGGAAAGAAGAACAAACUACGAGUUUACUAUCUUUCAUGGUUAAGAAACAGAAUACUACACAAUGACCCAGAAGUAGAAAAGAAACAAGGCUGGAUCACGGUUGGGGACUUGGAAGGCUGCAUACAUUACAAAGUUGUUAAAUAUGAAAGGAUUAAAUUCCUAGUGAUUGCCUUAAAGAAUGCUGUGGAGAUAUAUGCUUGGGCUCCUAAACCCUAUCAUAAGUUCAUGGCAUUUAAGUCUUUUGCAGAUCUCCAGCACAAGCCACUGCUUGUUGAUCUCACGGUAGAAGAAGGUCAAAGAUUAAAGGUUAUUUUUGGCUCACACACUGGUUUCCAUGUAAUUGAUGUUGAUUCAGGAAACUCCUAUGAUAUCUACAUACCGUCUCAUAUUCAGGGCAAUAUCACUCCUCAUGCCAUUGUCAUCUUGCCUAAAACAGAUGGAAUGGAAAUGCUCGUUUGCUAUGAGGAUGAGGGGGUGUAUGUAAACACCUAUGGCCGGAUAACUAAGGAUGUGGUGCUUCAAUGGGGAGAAAUGCCCACGUCCGUGGCCUACAUUCAUUCCAAUCAGAUAAUGGGCUGGGGCGAGAAAGCUAUUGAGAUCCGGUCAGUGGAAACAGGACAUUUGGAUGGAGUAUUUAUGCAUAAGCGAGCUCAAAGGUUAAAGUUUCUAUGUGAAAGAAAUGAUAAGGUAUUUUUUGCAUCCGUGCGAUCUGGAGGAAGUAGCCAAGUGUUUUUCAUGACCCUCAACAGAAAUUCCAUGAUGAACUGGUAACAGAAGAGCACUUGGCACUUAUCUUCAUGGCGUUAUUUCUAAUUAAAAAGAACGUAACUCAUGUGGACUAAUGCCAGUCUAGAGGCAGAAUCAGAAGGCUUGGUUGAACAUACUGCUUUCCCCUUUUCCUCUUCCUCCACCUGUCCCGGUACAGUCCACGGUCCAUCUUGCAGUGUUGCAGCCUGGUUGAGAAGGAGAGAAAAAGGUGGCAGGAAUUUCCAGGAGAUCCUCAAGAAUGCUGCGUUGUCUUGUGGACAAAGAUGGAUCAUGUGCCCUUCGGAGUUAGGGAUAGAAACAAAUAUUGUGUGCUCUUAUGAUUAAGCUGUGUUAUGGUGGAUUUUGAGUUUUGUUCCGUUUUUACCUUUUUUCUUUACCCCCUUACUUUGUAAGACUGGGGAGAGAAUGCAUACCGAGAAAAUGAGUCUGUUUUUAAUUCUGUCUGCCUGCUAGCUUUAAGUAUAUGAUACGUUGUAAAAUCUCCAAUUUCAAAUAGUGAGAGACAGCACAAUAAAUGUACCUUAUCUCCUUACACUGAAGGCCAUAAUUGCAUAGUGGGGUAAUUUUAGAACUCUUUUGCCUUCACCAACCCAAAAGGUUGCUUUUUGAUAGCAACUGGCUAAUGAAUUUUUAAAAGAGAAGAAAAAUACUAGUUUUCCCCUCUUUGGGGAAAUAGAUUUUAAAUGGCUAAACUACUAGCCUUAGACUAAUAAAAUCAACUACCAUUUUUGCAAGUCUGACAGGCCCUAUUUUUAUAUGGCCCUGUACAGAAUGGAAUGUGUUGAAUGGGGUAGUAGUGCCAUUGAGUUGAGUUGGCUCUAGCAAUUGAGGGACUCUGUAACACAACUUUCCCUCAGCUAUUAUGCAACAGAUCAGGGCAAAAGAUGGGAUGACUGAUGAGGUCGGACAAAAAGAGCUUCUGGGAAACAAACUAAAAAAAAUUUAUAUAUAUAUAUAGACACACACACACACACACACAUUCUUUUUUUAAUGCACAAAGCCUCUAGCUAAGAGGUCACUUGCUUCGGGCUUCAUUAGGAGUGAGACUUUGUUGAGUUCUUUCUGGGAAUCGGGGAGUGAAUGACAUCCAGGCUCUGGUCAUCCCCAGCUUUCUCCUGAGGGUGCCACUUUCUCAAGAUGAAAACUGUGACUGAAAAAAAAUAAUAAUAAUAAAUGUUUCUGAGCUGCCUGUGUUCUCUCUGGGUUGGUGAGAGAAGGGACUAGACUACUAAGCCUGCCUGAGAUACAGCAGGCAUCAUUGGUUCAGAUUUUAUAGAACUUAAAAGCAAGGCUUUGGCCAAAAUUCUGAGACCCUAAUCAUUUUACCUUCCUCCAAAUUACCCAACAUACGGUAAACAACAUUUGUGCAGAGAUAUGUAUGUAUUUAGUUCAGGUUGACUCGUGUCCUUAUAAACUCUUACUCGGAUGAUUUGAACUUUUAUGUGACUGUCUGGGGUUUUUUUUUCCAAAGCUACAAGCAUGGCCGCCUGUGGUAUCGAGGUGUUGCAAAAACGAUAUCUGUGUUGCGCUUCCUGUUUUAACCUACCUCGUUUCGUUUGUUUUGUUUCACGGUUCAUCACAGCAGUGUUAUCUCCAGGAGACAUAUAGAGAGCUCAACUGGCAAUCUCAGGCGUAUUUAAUAUUUUUUAAACAAAACAGUAGUUGACCAAAUUGUUGUUCUUCAAAAAUUCAAAAAAAAAAAAAAUCCAACAUCAAUAAAAACUAAUGUGGCUGGUUUCUGGAGAAAACAAUCACUGUAAACAGAUUUUUUUUUUUUUCAAAGUCUGUGAUCCUACUGAUUUUUGCCUAAAUACAUUAGCAGCUGAUGUACUAUUAAUGAGAACGAAAUACACGUUAGGAAAAUGGAGCCAUUUCAAUCUGGUGGUUUGGGCAAUCGGGGGAAGGGCAGGGGAAUUCUUCCAGUUUCUGACCUAGAGGAUUAUGCCCCUCCUGUAAAGGUGGUUAUCAUUUGCAUUUAUUUUAAACAGGUAACACACAAUAAUGGAAUUGGGGGUUAUCUUCAAGGCGAUCACCAAGAUGUCCUCAUCAUGGUCCCUUUAGCUCUCAAAAGCAAUGAAACCCUCCCGUUCUCAUUUUUAUUGCUAUGGCUCUGCUGCUGAACAGUACUAUCUUCGCAAAUUCCAUGCAACAGAUUCAGCAAUAACUUUUUGGAUUGAAUUUAGCAACUACUGUAAUUGGAUGCUGACAUGGACAAAAUAUAUUGAUUUGGGCCUCAUCCCCAAAUGUGAUUGCCACCAGCUCUUUAUAUUGCUGCUGUGGUAUUUUAAACCAGAAGCUUCUUUAAAUUAUGUUGCAAACUGAUCUUUGUUUUUAUGUUAUGUUUUGUUUCGAUUUCCAAGUGAUGAGUUCGAAACACACAGCUUUAAAUGAUUUUUUUAUUGUGGGAUUUUGGGUACAGUUAAGAAAUAAAAGGGAAUCAUUGUGUUUAAACAUAAGGUAGUUUGUGAAUGUAUUUUUUAAAAUCUAGAGUCAUUGAAACAAAAACUCAUAAAAACAAUAUUAAUGCAGUCUUGUUUACAGUAUGUACAGUGACAUAACAUAGAACAUGAGCUUUUUCUGGUGCCAACAACAAUAAAACACAGACGUUAAACAUCAA